AUGGGGUCCUUCAAAUGCCAGCCUCUAGAGAAAAAGCCAAUUACAGUUUCCAGUAGAGAAGAAAUGGAUAGCAUCGAGGAAGGUGUCGGAAGCGACUGCAAAACUCAGGAGGACUCCAUCUCUUCUGUUUUAUCGGAGACUGGAAGGCAGAGUAUUCCUUCGUGUGUAUUGAAAAGAAGUGUAAGUGGAAUUAGCCAGAUCUCCGAGGAGGUGUGCAAGAAAAGGGGCUCAUCAUCGCAGUACAAGGGCGUCGUUCUCCAAUCUAACGGUAAGUGGGGCGCACAGAUUUAUGUAAAUAACAGGCGGGUCUGGCUUGGCACAUUCGACGCGGAAGAAGAAGCCGCCCAAUCUUACGACACUGCUGCCAUCAGAAUCUGUGGCCGCAAAGCCAUCACCAACUUCAUCCGUAUGGACGAAACUCACCCGGAGGCGAUGUUUCUCCGCUGCCAUUCUGAGGCAGAGAUCGUCAACAUGCUUAGAUCACACACCUACCAUGAAGAACUCCAAAACUCCUACGAAAGUAACGACCGGACCUUGGUCACCGAUUCGAUCCGGUCAGAGGCAGAGAUCACAGUAUUCCCGAGGGAGCACCUGUUUGACAAGGCCUUGACGCCCAGCGAUGUGGGGAAGCUGAACCGGCUGGUAAUACCCAAACACCAUGCCCAGCGAUGCUUUCCUCUCGAAGCUGCUCAGGCAGAAGAUGGCAACAUGUUAAAUUUUGAAGACACCACAGGCAAAACAUGGAGAUUCAAGUAUUCAUACUGGAGUAGUAGCAAGAGCUACGUGCUCACUAAGGGCUGGAGAAGGUUCAUCAAGAACAAGGACCUCCAUACUGGGGAUAUCGUGACCUUUCACUGUAGUACUGGUGGUUCUCGGCAACUGUACAUUAGUUUUUGCCCCAAGACCUGCAAUUUCCUUCCCAACAAACAAUCAGGUCUUGGUGAUUUUCAUGUUCCUGCGGUUAGCUAUAGCCAGUCGAACCGGGUAUUGUACUUGCCCCAAUCGAUUGAGCAUACAUCCAGAGUGUUCAAUUCUUUCAUCCCACGGUUAAUCCCUUUCCCACCCAAUUGUUCAUCUGCUUCUGACUUCUUCAGUCUCUCCUCAUUGAAACACUCAGGGUCUGAUAAGAGAGAGUUGUGGCCGCUCGAUCAUCCAAAUCUGCCAAGAAAAAUUGUAUCUUCGCCUGGUUCAGCUUAUCCUUCACGGGUUAUGGUGUUUGGAGUAAAUCUAGGUUUACUAUCUUCAUCCACGUCGAAUCCUUUUCCAUCGGGCACAGCUGACAAGGAAAGAGUAUAA